ACUAUUAUAAAUGAAAUGUAACUGCAUUACCUUUAGUACAAUUGAUUCUAAUCCAUUUUUCUAUUAUUAUUAUUAUUAUUAUUGAAGGGUUAUUUGAUUGAGACAUAGUGAUUGUUUAUUUCAAAAUUAUUCUAUUCUCAAAUAAUAUGGAUAAUAGUAAUUCAAUUAUGCAACAACGUAGAUCAUCGAUUAAACUUUAUACUGAAUUUUCACAAAAUUAUCCUGCAGUACAUAAUCCACCUAUUCAAAUUGAUAAUAGUUCACAUUCAAUUAGAUCUAUUAUUAUUCCUUCAAUGAUUAUGCAAUCAACGGGAAUCCAAACUAUGAAUAUGACACCUGAUGUCAGUGUACAAGUGGAUUUAUUAACACAACAAUCGGAAUUUACUCAAACAGAUUUAGAAGUUGAUAAUAAUGUUAAUAAUAAUCCACCAACUUUAUUAGAUGCUACAACUGAAUCUUCUAUUAAUUUAGAAAAUUCUACUGAUCCAUUAAGUACACUUCGUAUUUAUUUAUUAAAUCAAUUACCAAUUAGUGUAUUAUUUGAUGAUGCCAGUAUUAAGAAGUUACAAAGUUGUUCUAUAUGUAUGGAAAAUUAUCAUAUUGGAGAUCGUAUUAUGGGUUUACCAUGCUUUCAUAUGUUUCAUUAUACUUGUUUAUAUGCAUGGAUUGAUAAGAAUCUUCAAUGUCCAAUGUGUAGAAUGCCAAUUUAUGAAAUCGAUUGACAUGGUGAAUUACUUAUCUGUUUAAAUAAAAAGAGAUAAACUUUGUAAAAAGAAAAAAAAGAAAAGUAAAAUAAAGAACAAACAAGUAACUAAGCUAACAGAAAAGGGGGGAGAACAACAUUGAAAAAUCUAUUGAGUAAUAUGAUGUAAUAUUACUAUAUAUUUUAAUAAUACUCAUUAUUCUAUUGACUUCUUCUUUGAUAUAUGAAUAUUAUUUCUUUUUCUUGAAUGAUACUACUUAUAAACCAAGAUGAAUACAAAUGACUUAUUGAUGAUGA